AUGGGCCAUCCAGAAGCACACGGGAAAACUAACAUGCCCACGGAUGGAAGAGAGGUGUGCCAACCUACAGACAGCCUUCACGAUCUGACCACUCUUCACGAGUGUCAGCCAAAUUUUUCGGAUAAUCGACAUCAGCCACUCGGGUCGGCACUUUCACAAAGUCAAGCAUCACCUACAGUCCCUCGGAGAUUCCUGGUCCAGCCAAUCGAAACCGUCUCGCGAAGCUCAAACGUCCAACAGCUAGCUUCGAGCGAAGCAAACCAACCCGAUCUAUCAAAGCCCGAACCACAUUCAAAAGAGCCCAGUGAACAUCGACCAGUCAAACGAUUUUUACCGGAACCAAUUGAAACAAGCAAAGCUAGUAUUAGACGGUCUCAUUCGACUUCUGAGGUACAGGAGAGGAAUUCUCCAUCACAGAGCAAUACAUCAGCGGCUCCGAGAAGAUUCAAACCCGACCUGAUAGAAACCGACACUCGCUCGGUUCGAAAAGGGAAACCCAUUCGGGUUUCCCAACGGCACAAUGCCGUAGAAUCUUCCGCACCCCAUACAAUCAUUGGUCCAGACACGACAUCAUGGCUAGAUCCAAAUCCCGACGUCCACACUUAUCUAUCAUCCGAGUCUCAUUUUUCGUAUUCCAAUCUUCUGCGUCGACAACAAGACCGACGACAUUCGUUUCGAGUACCGGAUUUACCAUCGAUCGCCUCUGAUAGCAGCGAAGACUCGGAUAACUCCAGAUCGCAUUCAGCGUGCACUUCGCCGCCUAGGCCUUCCAAUAAAGUGACACAAGAUUUAGACAUGAGCGAUGCACCCCAUGAAGUGCGUGAUGAGCAGCUCUCGGAAUUCUUGCUCUCUCUUGCCGCUCGAUCCGCACAGAUCCAGUUGAAGGAGCAAGCGUUGGCUGCCUUUCCCAACGAGCAAGUGUACGAGCCUGUGGAUCAUUUCGCCAUCGACGAAGAUGGGGGAGAUUCAGACGAUGAUCAUGUGUCUAUGAAGUAUCAUCAUGUCAAGUCUCGACGACAAUCUUCGGCAGAUUUGUCCUGGGAACUUGAGUACAUGCGCCACCACAAGGAGGAGGCUGAAAUGAGGAUACGGGCUAUGGGUGCAUCUGCACGACCAAAGUCUUUAAUAAAGCACAAUAAGAAUGGCAAGAGCCCACCCAUGCUUGGCAGUGACAUCGUCCUUCCUCGAAGCGCCUCACCUGAGGGAACAAUGUGUGAACACCCUAGCACUGAUGCAGGCUCUCGUGGCGUACAGGAUCUUUGUACUGGCUGUGGUGACUUAUGGUGCGCAGCGCCGUCCCAGGGUAGCGGAAAGGGUUCUGGUCUUUGGAUGGGCACUUGUUGCAAGAACGAGGGCCAAGAGCGGGAAGUGCACGGCCUAAUGCCUGGCAUUGUGACCCCCAUGCCUCGUGUCGAUGAGGCUGGCAUUAGCAUGGGACUCAGCCCAUCUCCUUCCCAUACACAUCUGGAUCGCCUCACAGCCUCGCCCGGGAACCACAAUUCCCAGAAGCCGGCGAGCCCUAACCUCCAGAAAGUCAUCGAGGCCGAAUUCCAUAACGGAUUUGUGACUCAAAUUUAUAAUUACUUGUCUCUGGGUUACCCGUGCCUUGCCCGUUGUUAUGACUACGAACUCAGCCGAAUUUCGGGCAUCUCCAUCGAAGAUCUUCGCCGGGACGACUUGCAUACUGAUGCUAGAGGCUAUGUUGUAGCCCCAGAGACGGACAACCUCGCGGGUGCCUGUGCGCGAUGGAAAGCUCUCCGUCUGUAUAUCCAGGAGUGGGCGAGGCAAGAGCCUGGCAUGGCGGAAGAGGAUACCAAUCUUGAAAGCUGGGGACUACCAGAACGAAAAGGUAGCUGGGCCAUUUGA